AUGACCAUUGCUUCCAUCGUUUUCAUCUACGUUGUGGCCAUCGUGGCCACCACCAGAGGGGGAACUACCCCCCUCCCCACCCUUACCUCCAGCAAGCCCACCACCUUCGCUGUUGACGCCCAGGUCGGAGCUGCCGCUGAAGGGCCUCGACCCCUGCUCCUCACCACCACCACUACCACGACCCCCUCCUCUGCAACCACCACCACCAGUAACGGCUCGCUGUGGUGGUCCAUCAUGGUGAAGAUGAUCGAGGAGCAGUUGGCGGAGGAGGAUGCCGCUGGAGGGCCUCGGCCCCUGCCCCUCACCACCACCACUACUACCGCCACCCCCUCCUCCUCCACAACCACUACCACCAGUAACGGCUCGUUGUGGUGGUCCAUCAUGGUGAAGAUGAUCGAGGAGCAGCUGGCGGAGGAGGAUGCCGCUGGAGGGCCUCGACCUCUGCUCCUCACCACUACCACCACCACCCCCUCCUCCUCCUCUACAACUACCACCACCAAUAACGGCUCGUGGUGGUCCAUCAUGAAGAAGGGCAUCAUGGAGCAGCGUCCCACGUCCAAGCUUGGUGAUGCUGGUAUUGGUUAUAAUGAAGAUUUUUUUUUGUCCAAGCAAUCGUAG